CUUGAGCAGCAAUGGCGGCGGGUGGCGGCGGUAGCUGCGACCCCCCGGUCUCGGCCGGGGUUCCCUGCGCCUUUUCUCCCGACAGACAGGCCUAUUUCGCGUUGGCCUCUGCCGACGGCCACUUACGAGUGUGGGAGACCGCCAACAACCGACUGCAUCAGGAGUAUGUGCCUUCCGCGCACCUCAGCGGUACCUGUACCUGCCUGGCCUGGGCGCCAGCGCGGCUGCAGGCCAAGGAAAGUCAUCAGAGGAAAAAAAGGAAAUCAGAAUCUAUAGGAACAAGUGACCAGAUUGAUUUGUUGGCUCUUGGUACAGCAGUUGGUAGUAUUUUAUUGUACAGUACAGUAAAAGGAGAGUUGCACAGUAAAUUAAUAAGUGGUGGACAUGACAACAGAGUCAAUUGCAUACAGUGGCAUCAAGAGAGGGGCUGCUUAUAUAGUUGUUCAGACGAUAAAUAUAUUGUGGAAUGGAACUUAGAGACCUGCAAAGUGAAAUGCAAGUGGAAAGGAGACAAUAGCAGUGUCACUUCCCUGUGUGUUAGUCCAGAUGGAAAGAUGUUGCUUUCAGCUGGUCGAACAAUCAAACUCUGGGUUUUGGAAACUAAAGAAGUCUACAGACACUUCACAGGACAUGCAACGCCAGUGUCAACACUUAUGUUCACUACUGUUCGACCUCCCAAUGAGAGCCAGCCUUUUGAUGGAAUUUCAGGUCUUUAUUUCUUAUCUGGAGCAGUACAUGACCGGUUACUUAAUGUCUGGCAGGUCCGGUCAGAAAGCAAAGAAAAGAGUGCAGUAAUGUCUUUCACAGUUACAGAUGAACCUGUUUUUAUUGACUUGACUUUGUCAGAAAACAAAGAAGAGCCUGUCAAGUUAGCUGUUGUUUGCAGAGAUGGUCAGGUCCAUCUUUUUGAACACGUAUUAAAUGGACAUUGCAAAAAGCCUUUGAAGUCCAACUGCACAAUUCAAAUAGCAACGCCUGGGAAAGGCAAGAAAUCAUCACCAAAACCCAUCCCUAUUCUAGCAGCUGGCUUCUGCACAGACAAAAUGUCUUUGCUGCUCGUGUAUGGAAAUUGGUUUCAGCCUACUAUUGAGCGAGUGGCUUUAAACUCCAAAGAACCUCAUAUGUGUUUAGUACGAGAUAUUUCAAAUUCCUGGGCCCCAAAAGUAGAAACGGCUGUAACAAAGGUGAGAACACCAGUGAUGGAUUCUGAAGUAAAAGUCCUGGUUCCUGGAAUCCCUGGACAUCAUGCACCUGUCAAGCCUCCUCCUCCCUCACAAGUGAAGGAAGUAGACAGCAAGAGGAAAUUAGAGGGUAAAGAGGUUAGCAUUGAAGAACGCCUGGGAGCAAUGGAUAUAGAUAAAAAAGAAAGUAAAGAGGACCUUCUGCAGACGAAUAGCUUUCCAGUUCUUCUCACACAGGGUUUAGAGAGCAAUGAUUUUGAAAUGCUAAAUGUAAGUAUUAUAGACACUUUUUCACUGAAAAAGAUGGUUAUUUUCUCUUAGGAGCACAUUCUCAGAGUGAUAAUCUUGUUAUUACAGGAACUUACCAAGAGGUUGCAAGGACACCCUAAUAGUGCUGUGUUAAUGGUUCAGUGGCUGAAAUGUGUGUUAACAGUUCAUGCAUCAUACUUAUCUACGUUACCUGAUCUCGUACACCAGCUGGGGACACUCUAUCAGCUAAUGGAAAGCAGAGUCAAAACUUUUCAGAAACUCUCUCAUCUUCAUGGCAAACUUAUUCUGCUAAUCACACAAGUUACAGCAUCAGAGAGAACAAAGAAAAUGGCCUCUCCUGAACAGAAGGCAAAAUUGGUGUAUGAAGAAGAAUCAUCUGACGAGGAGUCUGAUGAUGAAAUUGCAGAUAAGGAUUCUGAUGAUGAUUGGGAUGAAGAGGAGGAGGAGGAGAAAGAAAGUGGGAAGGAUGAAGAGGCAGAUGAAGAGGAAGAAGAGGAUGUUCAAGAAAAAGAUGAAAAUGGUGAGGACAGAGAGAUGGCAAGUGAAAAAGAAUUCAAUGGAGAGUCUGACUUAGAUCCAGAGAACGAAAGUGAAGAGGAGUGAAAAUAGAGAUGGCCAUGAAGCUGUGAACCAGCUCAACCUUGCUCGCGCUGCCAACCCUCCUGGGGAGGGCUGCCUGUGCCAGGAGGCCAAAGACCACGCACGUUUCCGCCUUCACAGUGGUGAUCCUGCCACCUUGCUGUCCUGAGUGCCCCGCAUUCUAACUGUGUAAAUAAGAGUGUUUCAGUCAAUGUUAAUAAACUUUACACAGUAAAUAGACACAUUUUCUGCAAUGUACUGACAUGAUUGUCCGAUACAUGGUCUAUUUUUAUACUCUAAUACCCUGGUAUGGUUGGUUCUGUGAGGAAUGGACUUGAGUGGAGAUGGAUGUCCUGUGGGGUUCACGGACUGGACGUGUGUGGCGGAACCGGCACUCUUCUCAGGUUGGUGUCGUUCAUCAAGUCCAGCUGUGAAGCAACACUAGUGAGCUUUUCAAUUUGGCACAUUUAGUUUAUAACAUUUUCAUAAAAUAGGAAUAACUGAAAACUGGAGCAAAAACGAUGGGAUGAAAAAAAUCCACCAGUGCCCCUAGCCUGUCUAGUAACUGGCAAUCUGACCUGGGUCAGAGUCAGUAUCUGGAGUGCUUCCCAAAAAUAACCACUUAUUUUUUAACUGUCAUGUGAGAUAUUUUUUUAGACAAAAUUUAAAAAAUUAUGGUAAUGAAUGAACUGAAGAUUUUGCCAUAUUAAGGGAUUUCUUAUUUGCAACUUGCCUGUAAGAAUCAUUAGUGUAUAGAUUUAAAGUGCUCAUUACCUGCAACUUUUUAAAAAACUCAGUCACAGCUGCUUUUGAAGAGGUUCAUUUUUAUUUAAAUUACUAAUGGAUCAAAGAACAAUUGUUUAUUUUUCUCUUUGGUUUUAGAUAUUAAUGAUAACCUUGUUGGAAUUUUUUCCAAAGAAAAUAUUUUUAUAAUUCAGUAAUUUAAUGUUUUUCAUUUUCAUUACCCACUCUUGGCAGUGUUAGGGUAUCUGUUUAAGAUAAUAAAUCUUACUUAAGACUUGAUGUAUGUAUAAUAAGUAUUUUGGUGUGCUAUGAAAGCUUUUUCAAAUGAUGAGUCAUUUUCUUUGUUUUUAAAGAAUGGGCUUGGUAUUUUACAUACUACUCACUAGGGAUAUACAGAUGGAAGCUCACCUCCAAGGAAGGGCUGGGCAGAUGGAUUUAUUUUUCCCACCUGUGAAUAUGUAAAACCAAACUGUUAUCUCCAAGGGACUUUGUAACAUCAGUGGUAGAGCAGACUUCUGUGCUCACCUCCUAGAGCUGAGCCACAGAGCGGCCCGCCGAGCAGUGUGAGCUUGAGCUGGCUGCUGGUGCAAUGUACAGUUGUCUUUGUCUAUAUGGAACUGUUGUGGCAAAUUUAAUACCAUUCUCUUUGUAAAGUGAAUAAAUACACAUCUCUA